AUGGAAAAUACUUGGUCUGCUACGUUCAUUAUCGCAUUCCUUGCUGUGUCAGUGAUGUGGUUGGGCAAGGCGGAAGAUGUCGAUGCCAGAAAGCCGUAUAUUGUUCGCAUGCUUAAGAGCAUCAAGCCUCAUCAUUUUGAUUUACACCAAAACUGGUAUGCUUCAUUGCUCAGCCAGGUCUCGCGAUCGGAUCCCAGUGCAAAUGAGUUGUUAUACACAUAUGACACUCUAUUGCACGGCUUUGCAGCGAGCCUGAGCGAGGCUGAGGCUGAAGCCAUGGAAGGUAUGGAGGGAUGCUUGGCUGUAAUUCCCACGUCCUUCACUAAAAUUAGCACCACUCACACCCCAGAGUUUCUUGGCCUCGCCUCAAUUUCCUCUCAUUCUUCUGGAUUGUGGUCGCAGUACUCUACUGGUGGCAAAGAUAUCAUCGUGGGCAUGAUCGACACGGGAAUAUGGCCUGAGAGCAAAAGCUUCAAAGACGAAGGCCUUGGACCUGUCCCCGCUAGAUGGAAAGGCAAAUGUGAAAGCGGACAUAAAUUUACAUCGUCCCACUGCAAUAAAAAAAUUAUUGGAGCUCGUUACUACUAUAAAGGCUACGAGCAGUACGAUAGUCCUAUUAAUGAAACCACGGAAUACAAAUCUCCUAGGGACCGCAUUGGCCACGGUACACACACAGCAUCCACUGUCGCCGGAGUCGCUGUGCGUGGUACCAGUUUCUUCGGUUUUGCCAAAGGAACGGCUAGAGGGAUGGCCCCUGAAGCUAGACUGGCAAUCUACAAAGCCUGUUGGCAAGAUUACUGCUACGACGUAGACACUGUUGCUGCUAUGGACCAAGCUGUUGCUGAUGGAGUCGACAUCAUUUCUAUCUCGAUUCACUCGUCAGGUGAUUUGCCAUUUGACCAGGAUGUUAGAGGUAUUGCUGCAUUUGGGGCCAUGGAAAAGGGUGUUUUUGUUUCGGCAGUUGCAGGCAACUAUGGACCUUAUUCGUCUACUCUUAGUAACACGGCGCCCUGGAUGACUACAGUGGGUGCGAGCAGUAUCGACAGAGAUUUCCCUGCUUCUCUAGUAUUGGGCGACCAGGUAAUAUUGAGAGGCACCUCUACAUUCAAAGGAGAUGGAAAAUUGCAAGGGCCAGUCCCUCUGGUUUAUGUAUCCGCUAAUAAUAGCUCAAGGCGUUGCCUCGAUGGCAGCCUUGAUCCCGAUUUGGUGAAGGGUAAAAUCGUUGUGUGCGAUCAGUUGCUAUUCUCCUACAACAAUGAUGAGUACGGCCCUCAGUGGAAGGGUAAUGUAGUAGCCAAAGCUGGGGGUGCAGGAAUGAUCGUUGCAAAUGAAUUGCUAAUGGGGACCCAGCAGCAACUGACGGACACUUCUAAUCUACCUGCCAUCACUGUUAGUUUCACAGUUGGAGAAAUAAUCAAAGCCCACAUCAAGAGCACCGCCAAUAAUGCCAUGGCCGCCUUGAAAAUCACAGGCUCAACUGUUGUGGGAAACCAAGCAAUUGCUCCAAUGGUAGCUGCGUUUUCUUCACGGGGCCCAAGCAAAGGGUAUCCACACAUUCUCAAGCCCGACAUGAUUGCUCCCGGUGUGAAUAUAUUGGCAGCAUACACCGGAGACGUUGCGGACUACUACUUCGAUUCGGGGACUUCCAUGGCGUGCCCUCACGUUAGCGGACUUGCAGCUUUGGUAAAAGCCAUACAUCCGACGUGGAGCCCUGCGGCCAUAAAGUCUGCCCUCAUGACGUCUUCUUACACGCUUGAUAACGCAGGGCAGCCCAUUCGGGAUUCAUCUAAUAUGGAACCAGCCAACCCCUUUGCAAUGGGUGCAGGUCAUGUGGAUCCAAAUGCUGCAGUAGAUCCUGGACUUGUGUACGAUAUGGCACCUCAGGACUACAUCAACUUCCUCUGCUCUCUCAACUACACCAAAGAAAAAAUUGCUCUGCUCACAAAAGAGAGCGUUUUCUGUCCCAAGGCCACUUUGGAAGCAGGCGAUCUUAACUAUCCCUCCUUCUCCGUGGUGUUUGAGGCAGGCAGUAAAUCGGUUCAGGUGAAGAGGAGAAGAGUGACUUAUGUGGGUAGGAAAGCUCAUGCGGUUUAUCAAGUGACUGUGAAGAAUCCUCCUGGAGUCAAUAUCAGCGUGAAACCACGGAAGUUAGUUUUCAGAAAGCCGAACGACACUGCGAGCUAUAGUGUAACCUUCCGAACCCAUUUAAUUUCUAGUGAUAUGAAAAUGGGAUUUGGAGAGAUAGGAUGGAAGUGUAUCGAAGGUGGAACACAACUUGUUCGUAGCCCAGUUGCCAUAAUAUGGUGA